GCGGCCUCCAUUUCAAAAGCCAGACCUCUACCUUAAAUCUCCUGAUAAACCAAGAUCUUUUCCAUCAAAACGACAUUCAAGCAACUUUUAAUUCACGUCAAGGCAAUUACAAUGUCAGCUGCAAAUGCUACUUCAGGUUUUAUAUUGGGUGCAGGAUUUUCCAGCCAAUGUUUCCCCGUGAGAAGUUUGACACGAUACAAACGACAGGACGAUGAUGGAGGAGCUUGGCUUGUUGCUUACCGAGCAGAGCAAAGAAGGAGAUUCAAGGCUGUAAUUUGUGGUGGGGAUCCCAUCUUACAAAGGCAGUCUGCAGUAACAAAGUUGCAGAGCGAUGAUACAGACUCUAUAGAAGAGGAGAGACCACAGAAACUAGAUGGUUUCUUUUUGAUGAAACAUUUUCAUGUUGAUGAUCCAUCAGACUUAUGCUCUGUGAACAUAAGUGGCCAAGAACUCAGAGAGGUGAAUGAAAAUGAUUUUUUGUUAUUUGACAAUGUCAUUCAUGUGGAUGCAGGAGAUAACAAUCUACCAUUUGAGGCUUUCAGCAAGUUCUCAGCUCUCCAAGAGCUAGAGUUGCCCUUGAAUAAUAUAAGUAACAACAUCAGAAUCCAACCAGCCAUGUUUCCCAAUCUGAUUAAUCUUGAUCUAUCGUACAAUCGCUUAACUGGAGAUGACAUAUUAGCACUGGGGCUUCUUGAAAGUCUUCGCACCUUACAUUUGACAGGUAAUGAAAUAAAAAAGCUUCCUGUUGAAAUGACAAGAACAUAUAGAACUAUCACAGGAAUGACACCUUCUGGUACUAUUGAAUCAGAGGACAAAAGGUUACGAUUUCCUGCUCUGGAAAAUUUAUACCUGGAUCACAAUGAAUUAACAGAUCUGUCAACUUUUGCAAGUCUGGCCGGACUAAAAAGACUUAAGUACCUGAACUUGGAGCACAAUGAGAUAUCGUCUAUUCCCCAUCUACGGCUUUUGGGUGCUCGUGUAAAUCACGGUGAUAGUUCAAGGCACGAAAAUGUACAGACUGUGAACAGCUCUUUACCUGACGUUCUUGAAGAAGACGUGAAAGAUUUUCAAAAAGAAGAUGAAUCUUUUGAAAACAAGGAAGAAAUAAAAAGGGAUGGAAAAAAAGGCAAUGCCAAAGAGCUCAAUUUAGAUGAAGUUGAUGACAUGUUAAGUCGAAAUCUUGUGAGUGACGAACAUGGGGAGGAAAAGAAACGACCAGAAUUGAAACCAAGGUCCAGCACUUUGACUGAAGAUCCUUCUCUGUUAGGUGACAGAUACAAUCCACCCUUGCCAUUUGCUAGUUUACUUCACUUGAACCUGGCAAACAAUCUCAUCUUUGAAGAAGAUGGCCUCUUAGCUCUGAUGGGUUGGCCAUCCCUCAGAGAACUUGUAAUAUGGGGCAAUCCGCUGACAACUGCAUUCAAAGGAGAUCCCCCUGUUCUUUCACUUCAACUUGGACGAUUGAAAGGAGUGAGGAUUUUCAGACAAAAGCCUCCGAAGAGACCAAAGCCAAUUGUGAACUUAGCAAACAAUCAAAGAAAAGUUAAAGAUACACUUCCCCCGAUGCCCAAGAAGCAAAACCUGGCGAUGCUAGAAGCUCCUCCCGAGCCAAAAUCAACUGCACAUGUCGGUCCACCAUACAAGACAUUGCCACCAAUUGGAUCAGCCCCUCCCACGGGACGGCAGCGUGAUACUGCCACCCCGAGAAAACUCUCUACCGCGCCUGGCCUCGCUGAUACAACACCCCGAGGCGACCGUCCCUCUUUCAGCCGGACUAACACUACACCUCUCGAGUUUCCCGAGUCAGCGGCUUACCAGUCCGGUCACACUACAAGACAGACAAUGAAGACAGAGGGAGACGCUACUGCCAGUGAAAGUUUGGGAACUGCUGAUGGGCGACAUCAACCUCGAGCAGAAAAGCAUCUCAAUUCUGAGGACGGAUUUUUUAUGACUCAAAUCGAUGAACAAGAAGAUGCACAGAACGUUGAAGCCCCCGUGCGAAAGGUAAAGGAAGACAGAGAGAGAGAGCGACCCUUUAGCGUGGAAACAAAGUACAAAGGUUACGAGGAUCUGUUAGAUGUUGAUGAAGAUGACCCCGAUGUUAUAGUGCCAAAGGAUCUUCAGGGAAGUGUACGAGCUUUAAACUACGCCUUGGCUCAUCCUUUGAUCUUCAGUGAACCUCAUGGAACUUACAAAGAAAAGAGGGUUAAGAAGCCUCAAACUGUGUCAACAUCAACGGGGACGAAGUCUCGGCAAAGCAAAGUAGAGGAACUCGGGGGAAUUUUAGACAAGAUGCGAGUCCAGUCCAAGACGAAAGAGUCCAACCUAGAAACUGCUCUCCAAGAUUUGAAGAAGGAUCCAAAGCUUAAACAAGAAUAUCGUGAGGCUAAAAAGCUUUUGAAUGAGGUCCAAACGAAGUACAACGAAGUUCGAGUAGCUUCGCUGAAACCGACGUCCACUGCCCUAGAGCUCUUCGGAACACGACCCGAAGAACGAACGAAAGAAAAAAAAACUCGAACCUUCGCUACUCCUCAAGCAGGAGUAGAAACUCUGGGAAGCAACAAGAAUAUCGCAAAGGAACUCAAACGAUUCAAAGAGAAAAUAGACAGUCGAUUAUGACAUAAUAAUGUAAAUGCAUUUGUUGUGCUACGAUUGUAAAUAUUAUGUGAUGGAAUCGAGGUGCAAAAUUUAUUCAGAGUUUGUAAAUAAAAAUAUAUUUG